CAUAUAUCACGCGACCACAUGCAUUCCCUCCAAACGGGACAAUGCCGGCUGGAAGGAUCCAGGAUAUAGUGUAACUUCCUGGUCACCAUGGCACCUUCAUCGAUCGACCCUUCCUUUCACCCCAUCCUCAUCACCUUUGUACAAACUGCAUGGCCACCUCUCCGAUCCUGUCCGGAUCUUCACCAUUUCCGGCGAGUUUUCCGGGCGCAGAAUCCCAUUGAGUGAGGAUUUACUCCAUGCUCGAAUGGUCAUGGAGGCGAAGCUACCUGAUUCGUCAGAGGAGGCUGAUAGUUGGGGUGUUGAGAUUGAUUAUGAUGCCCAAUUCAACGACUCUGAUGUUCGUAAUGGUAUUGUGACAUGUGCAGCACUCUCCCUCGAUGGUCAUCAUAUAGCUCUCGGUUUUGGUAGUGGUGUCAUCGAGCUUGCCGAUAUCGACCAUCAGUGCACGAUUUCCCGAUUCCAGCUCGAUCCACCCAACCAUCCAGUCUGGAUUGAAUUUGUCCACGGCAGCCACCGGGUUGCUGCUGAGGACAAUGAAGGGAACGUCACCAUCCUUAGCCAUGAUACGACCCCCAUUAAUCUUGGGACUCUUCCCAAUGGUCCUCUUCCUGCUGUAACUCGAGUAUCAGACAAUGGAUUAUUUAUCAUACGGGUUCCACGGGACACUGAUAACUCUUGGUACGACAACAUGACUCUCAUAUCCAUUUUGGGCGACCCACACAUGCAGCUCCUUGCUUCUCCUCCCGAGUCCGACUCUCUUGCCAUUAUUCACCGCCACAAGCCUGCUAUUCCUCAUCGUCGCACGCUUGGAUUUUCUCCGGGAGCACGUUUUAUUGGCGCUUUUGAUGGGCUCAGUGCUUUCACCUGGUCGACAGAUUUGGGUGAGCUCAUUGCGCGUUAUUGUGUGACGGAUUUCAAAUUUUGGAUUAUGAAUCCCGCUGUUCCCCUUGCCUGCUCUUACCACAUCCCUGAUCCUGUAUCUCCUCAACCUACCCUUUCCUCGGGAAAACAUGGAGUGACAGAUAGCCAUCAAAGUUCCAAAACAGAUGCGGUGGAUAACUUGGAUGAGUCCUGGAUCAAGUGUCCAUUUUAUGUUAUCUCACAAAGCACGAAGGAGGAGGAGGAGGGGUUGCGGCGGGAGUCUGACAUCCGUUCAUUCGCUGCAGGACGAACCCCACUGUUCGGAACCGGUAUAAAACGCACUGGGCUACCAAUGUUCUUCAAUGGAAAAUUAGAAUUCGUUAUUCCCAAGGAGUAUCGACCAGUUGUUUCUUCUCAUGCCAAAGGUCUAGGCGCUUGGUAUGGUGAUCGAGUGCCGUCUGAUCCUAUCUUUUUGUACAGCCCUCGGUCCAGCCAAGAUGGGACUCGAAUUCUCUUCCAAGGCUGGCAGACAGCUCCAAUUGUUGUUGAUCUUAGCCAAGUCAUUUAGGAUGUCCGUAGUCAAUUGCGUAUUUACCUUGCGCGCUCGUUCUAUCCACUAUCAGAGGGGGG